CAGAAAAAGAAGAAGCAGUUGCUGGCCGCAGAUCAGCUUUAACACGAAGCCUGCGUCGACUCGGACUGGCCGACGUCCUACCUUCCUUGGCCGCGUCUGUUCUUGUCGAAAGGCGACAAAAUAGUCGUCGUGUCGUGCGAGUGUUGAGCGCGAAGGAUGCAGUCGCUGCUCUUCUGCGGCCCGAAGAUGGCCGCAUGCGGCAUCGUUAUUAGCAUCUGGGGCGUCAUCAUGUUGGCCAUGCUGGGAAUCUUUUUCAGCGCCAAGUCGGCCGUGCUCAUCGAGGACGUCCCGUUUACCGAAGAGGACAUCCGCAACGAUAAACAGCCUCCUCGGAACAUUUACGGUCUGUACAGCCAAGUAGGCAUCAACUGCUUUAUCGCCGCCGGUGUCUACGUGGCGGUGGGCGCCGUGUCUCUGUGCCAGAUUCGACUCAACAAGCGGCAGGAGUACAUGGUGACCUAAGAAGUCGAAGUAGGGCAGGGGGCGAGGCCGGCACCUGACGCUGCUCGUCGGCUGGACGAAGAUGAAGCAAGCUGUGUAAUUUAUUUCUGUUCUUGUCGUCUCUGCUCUGUUGUCACUUUGUCAGUGAGUGUUCCUCUCGAGUAGAAACCUCUGAUAGGAAGUGUGGAUGUCAAAAUAAAAGUCGCAUGGAUGGAA